GUACGCAUGCGCAGAGUCCUUUUAGUGAGUAAUAGUGGUCCCAUACCUUUAGGGGAGCCAAAGUACGUGGCAUAAAGCUUUCAGUAUGGAAGUUGCUGCUCUGGGAGCCUUAACUUUAUUACUCGGUGCACUGGUUAUACUGGUUGCUUUAGCGUUGGGGAAAAGGAAAGACGAAAUCAGAGAAGAAAAUGAACCGGCCACGGAGUCUGUUGCUGAGAGCAGUGUUGGGAAGAGUUCUGCCUCCAAGAAGCAGAAGCAGGAGAAGCAGCGCAGCCGAAAGGACAAACCUUCACAGCACAGUUUCAGCCACCCAUUGCUUGCAUCGUCACUGAAGGGUCACAGUGGGAACGUGACAUGUCUGGAUUUCAGUAGCAAUGGCAAAUACUUGGCGUCCUGUGCUGAUGACCGCACUGUGCGCAUCUGGAGCACCAAAGACUUCUUGGAGCGGGAACACAAGUGCCUAAGGGCCAAUGUGGAGCUUGAUCAUGCUCUGCUGGUCCGCUUCAGUCCUGAUUCCAGGGCUUUUAUCACCUGGUUGGCAAAUGGAGACACCAUUCGAAUCUUUAAAAUGUUUAAAAAGGAUGACAGCACUUUAAGCUUCAAAGUAGCCGCUGAAGACUUCUCACAGAAACACAAGGCCAGCAUCCUCAACAUAGGCAUUGCAGAAACAGGGAAGUUCAUCAUGAGUGCCUCCACUGACACUACCAUCCACAUCUGGGACCUGAAAGGAGAGCUACUGGCCACUAUCAACACUAACCAGAUGACAAAUUCCUAUGCUAUGAUCUCUCCCUGUGGCAGGUUUGUGGCCGCCUGUGGCUUCACUCCUGAUGUCAAGGUGUGGGAGGUCUGCUUUGGGAAGGCUGGAGAAUUCAAAGAAGUGACGAGAGCUUUUGACCUGAAGGGUCACUCCGCAGGAGUUCAUGCAUUUGCUUUUUCUAACAAUUCUCACAGAAUGGUGACUGUGUCUAAAGAUGGGACAUGGAAGCUGUGGAAUACAGACGUGGAGUACAAGAAGCAGCAGGACCCAUACCUUCUAAAGACUGUUCCCUGUGCAUCAUCUGAAGGCAGCCGAGUGGCACUAUCUCCAGAUGGCCGGGUUGUUGCCAUCAGUGAUGGCUCAAACCUGGCUUUGUACAAUGCUGCCAGUGGGGAGCUGGAGGAGGAGCUGCGCAGCGUCCACAGUGAGGACAUCACUGACCUCAGAUUUGACAUUAAUGGCCGCUUCCUGGUGAGCAGUGGCGACAAGGCCAUCAGAGUGUUUCACAACACUCCAGGUUACCGUGCAGCCAUCAGAGAUAUGCAGGACAUGCUGAAGAAGGCCCAGAACGAGGCCAUGAAGCAGAGACUGCAGCAGCAAAUCACUGAGGCUCAGAGUGCACUGGACACUGUGCUGUCAGCCCCCAUCCACUGAAAACACAGCACCAGUUUGCCACCAAAACACCAGGGAAUGCAAUUUUAAUAAAGAAUCUUUUAUGGAAACAUGUG